AAGCAAAGCAGGUCAUGGGUUUGAAAUCUUGCCCUCUCCAUUAUUAAUACAGCAACACUCCUCGCGCUGACUCUAUACAAUCUCUGACAAUUUCUCUCCCCACCAACACGUUGCCCCAUAACAGAAGCCACCCAAAUCGAAACCCAAGCUUUAAAACUCCUCCUUCUCCACCCUAUACAAACACCCAAUAUAUCACUCUGUUCUCUUCCAUGGCUUCCCCUUCUAACACCACCACCACCACCACCAUGCACCACCCCGCACACCCAACCUCAUCCAAUACCACCUUCGUCCAAGCCGACCCUUCCACCUUCCGCAUUAUAGUUCAGCAGCUCACAGGCGCCCCCGACGACCCUUCAGCUCAAAGGCUCCCUCUCACACACCCAGCUCGGCCAGGCGCUGCCACCGAUAUGGGCCCUAAGAAGCCUGUUUUCAAGCUCCACGAACGUAGACAAGCCAUGAAAAAGCUCGAAAUCAAGCUGAACAGCAACAACAUUGGCAAAAACGAAUGGCCUUCGGAUUUCUUGUUCGUCAGACAAAGAGGGUUCUUGGUUUCGCCGGUUUCGACGUUGGACUUCUGGCCGCGCGUGAGCCCGACGUCGCGCGGCGGAAGUGAGAGUACGAGGUCCCCAUUUGAGGAAGAAGAGAGAGCUAUUGCGGAGAAGGGAUUUUAUCUGCAUCCGAGCCCUUUGAGUACGCCUAGAGGAGGAGCUGAGCCUGAGUUGUUGCCUUUGUUCCCUUUACAUUCACCUAGGGAAAGCGAGCAUAAUUAUGAUGAUGAUUCUUCCUCCAAAUGAUUUGUUUAUUAAGAAUUAGAUGAGAUUUUCAAUGGAUUUUAGUGUUAAUUA